AUGGCACAGCAAAGCAAAGCAAAGGAGGGGGGGAGAGCAACGAACACACAAAGCCAAGGGUGCCACAACACACUAAAUUCAGCUGACGUCUACCAUGGCACGCGGCACAGCCGGAGCUACGCCGCGCCCAACCGCAACAACAACAACCGAAUGUCGCUCAACCCAUUCCUGGCAGACCUGUCUCCCCAGGACCCCGCGUACCCCAACCCUGACCUGCCUGUGGGCUCGCCCUCCGCCAACUCUAACGUUGCAGCAACCGCAGACUGGGCCUCGUCUCAGCCCUCCUCUGCUCCCGCCUCACGAACGCGUUUUCGCACCCCUCAGCAGCAGCAGAACUCGCGGCCCGUGACCUACUACGCCACUGAAGACAACAAGGACAGCGACUUUGCUAUGUCCAACCGUACCACCAACCGACCUCGCUCGUCGUCCGACCUCCAGGGACGUGACCUGCCCAGCUACGACGACGUGCUCCACGAUGCGCCUCCCCGAACCUUUAAAAACGAGUACGGCAGAGGCGACGAAAAGGAUAACGAGAGAGGAGCUCCUCCACCUCCCCGUUCUCGACGAGACCACUCGGGAGGCACCCACUCGUCGCAGACCCGUUCGCAUUCACACUCGCACUCGCGUGAGGAGCGCCAGCGGUCAGGACGAAAGCCAGAGACCCCUGAAGAACGACGUGCUCGGAAGGAACGAGAGUACGAAAAGUUCAAGCGGUACCAGGAGCGAAAGGACCGUGAGGCUGCCAUUGCAGCUGGCCAGAAGCCCAAUGGCCGUCUGUCCAAGACCGGCCAGCCUCUGGACACCAUCGACAAGCUCGAUGUGACGGGCUUUGGUUUUGGCUCUGGCUUCCACCACGACGGUCCCUUCGAUGCUUGCAGACCCCACAGAAACAAGGGCACCAAUUUCAAGGCACCCGUGGCGGCCUUCCCCGUCAAUGGCGCCAACAAUGCUCUGGGCCCCGCCAAGCCCUCUGAAGAACAGAUUGACGCUUGGGGACGAACAGAGACAGAGGCAUUUUCCGACUUUUCGGCGCCCCAUAUGGCUCCCUCGGGGCCCCAAGUGCAGAGAGCCGAAGGCAACACCCGAUUCGAUCCCACUAACAAGGCCGACCAGGUGCACGGAACCGCGUCGCAGGGACUCGGCACAUCAACGUUCCUGGACGGUGCCCCAGCAUCACAGGCUGACAUUGAGGCGUCAUAUCACCAGGACAAGAACUCUGGAUUGGGCCGAAAGAAGUCGCUGGUGCAGCGGGUGCGUAAGGGAGUCACUGGAUCCGACUCGUCGCCUCCCCCUCGACCAAACGACUCGUCCAAGGGUGUCUACCGAACAUACUCGAAUGAUAGUGACAUGAAGGGAGGCAAGGAAUACUAUGGAGAGAAGGCGGUGUCGCCAGAGAGCAACGGUCUCCUGAGACGAGUCAAGAGUCUCAAGGUGAGAAGAAGGAGUUAA